CCCUGCAUAAUAAAAUUCACUGCAAGAUAAUACGUCGAAGAAAAGUUUCACCCAAUAACUCUCCCCAGACCUCCGGUCGCGCCAAAGGUACCCAGAUACUGAAUUGGUGUUAUGAUCGAGAAAACAAUAUGGAGCAAGUUUCAAAAUGUCAAGGGUACAUCUUUAUUGUGUUUGGUUUGAUGAAAAUCUUCUUUGGACCAAUCUUUCUACUUCUGAUGUUUAUGGGGAUAUCAAUGAGAAACCCUGACGAUGUGUCGCAACCAAUCCUUGCAGCUUUAGCAGGGGUGGCGAUUAUCUUUUCUGGGAUCAAUGGCGUCAUUGCAGGAUUUGUGAAAAAGUUGAAAACGGUUCAAUGCUAUCUUGGCCAUUGCCUGUUCUCCAUCAUACUACUGCUUAUUUUCGUUGGAGUCCAUAUCAUGUUUUACAGGCUUCUUCUUGCCAACUUGAAGACAUAUUGUGAAGCAAUAUUCUGUAAUCCAGCUCACGAAAAAGAAAUUAUAAUCAGAACAAUUAUUCGUGUCGGCACCUUUUUUGGCUUUGGGCUGCUGCUGCUUAUUGCAUCGUCAGUUUUGGCAGGCUAUGUGAUUCUUCAUCUAAAGAACAACGAAGUGACAGAAGAACAACCGGAGAGUCUGGAUAUUGGUUUCACAAGAUUCACAAACCCCGAUGAAGUAUCGUACACAUUUACUAAUGAAACGGACGAGGAGCCAAAACCACCACAGUUGGAAUGUGAAGACUUGCCAAGCAAGGUCUAAACUUUCCAAGACUAAACCAUACCAUGACUGGAUAUAUACAAUGUAGAUAAUUGUGUAUAAACUCUACGAUAACGAUGUAGAGCUCGUAGAGAUUAAAGUAAACAGUUCCAAUUGUUCAUUACCACAAUCUGCAAUGUUUUGUGAUUGAAAUUUCAAAUUUGUUAACUUAUAGUCUAAGAAUCAAGUCUAAGAAGCGCAAAGAAAUAGAUCACAGUUUAUGGGACUGGUAGUAUUUAACCAAGAUGGAGCCUUCUAUAUUCUUCUUUACUGAAGGAAAUCAAAGUUUAUCAACAGACUGACUCUAAAAGAAGAAUAAAAGUAUGGCACGGAAACAGCAAGUUUUUUU